UUGUCCUCCGACUUGUUACCUAGUGAUAACAUAAUCCUAAAGAACUGAUGUGUUCUAUAGAUAAUAUCUAUAGCCAAGAAGCCACCGAGCCAGCACAAUGUCCAGCGAGGAAGGAGUGCCUGUGGAUCUCUACAUCUAUGACCUCACCAACGGGCUAGCAUCGGUCUUGUCUCCCGCUAUACUUGGACGGCAGGUGGAGGGCGUGUGGCACACGUCGGUGGUGGUGUUCGAGCGGGAGUACUUCUACGGCGGCGCGGGGGUCACCAGCUGCGCGCCGGGCGGCACGCAGCUGGGCGCGCCGCACCAGGUGCUGCGGCUGGGCACCACGUUCGUGCCCUUCCCCGUCUUCAACGAGUACAUCCAGGGGCUCGCCACCACCACCUACACCGCGGGCGCGUACCGGCUGCUGGAGCACAACUGCAACCACUUCAGCGACGAGGUGGGCCAGUUCGCGUGCGGCGCGCGCGUGCCCGAGCACAUCCGCCGCCAGCCCGAGCGCGACCUGCCCGCGCCGCUGCGCGCCGCGCUGGGCGCCGCGCUCUCCGCGCUCGUGCCCGACGGCGACCAGGUUUACGCUAAUGGCGUGCGUCACAGUCGGCGGGACAGCCCCGACUACCUCACACUCAAUAACCAGAUAGAAGAAGCCAGAGUGGCGUCCCAGGAGCUGGAGGCGCGCCGCAGCACGCUGGCGGAGAAGCUCGCGCGCAAGCAGAGGCGCCGCGAGAAGAAGAGGAAGAAGCAGCGCCUCGCCGACGGGGACGGCGACGACGACGACGACCCCAUGGCGGAGGCAGUGGAGGCGGUGGCGGCGGAGCGCGCGGGGCCGAGCUCGCGCGACCUGGAGGCCGAGGCCGACGAGCGCCAGCUCGAGGAGCAGCGCCGCCGCGAGCGGGACCCGCCCAUCGUCUUCCGGGACAUCGACGGCGCACAGGAGUUCGAAGCGUUCAGCAAGGCGUUGGAGGGCGUCGAGCUAUCGGCGGAUGAGAAGCAGAGCCUCGACGAGCUGCAACAGUACCUCGUGCAGGGCGAGGGCAGCUGGGUGCUCGGCGACGAAUUCCUCACUUUUAUCGGGGGAGUGUUUGGGAGAGAGAGGGGGAGUGCCCGCGUGUGCGCGCUGCGCUGCCUGGCGGCAGCGGCGCUGCGCGACGACGUGUCGCUGCUGCUGCACCAGGACCGCCGCACGCACGCGCUGCUGGCCUUCGCGCACCGCGUCGACGGACUGCCCCCGCCCGAGCAGCUCGCGCUCGCCAUAUUCAUGUGCAACCUGUUUGAGAACACGUCGUCGUCGGAGUGGCUGCUGUAUAUCAGCGAGUGGCAGAGCGAGGGACAAACGCUGUCCAAUAUUCGUGUCACCACUAAAGUGUGCGUGCACUGCGUGCUCAGCGAGGCGCCGGCGCUGCGCGACGCGGGCACGGCGCUGCUCUACAACAUCGCCACCAAGGAGCGGCUGGGGCUGGGCGCCGCGCUGCGGAAGCAGUUGCCGGCGAAGGCGCGCUGCAAGGUGUUCGACGAGGUGUGCGUGGAGCUGUGCAUGGCGGCGCUGCAGCUGGCCGCGUGGGCGCCGCCCGAGGAGGCGCUGUGGCGCGCGCUGGCGGCGCUGGCGCGGCUGGCGGCGCACUCGCACGACGUGCCGCAGCUGGUGGCGCUCGUGGGGCCCGACCCCGCCGCCUUCCGAGGGACGAGCCCGCGCAUCGACGAGCAGAUCGACCUCAUCAUGAAGAAAGUGGCGAGCGCCAGCGGCUAGCGCCCGCCCGCUUGGGGUACCUUAUGUCUAUUUAUGUCGAUAAGGAAUUCGUUGAAACUUUCUAUUAAUUAUAUUGCUUUCGAGUAAGUUACUUCUGUUAUGGGUUUUGGUUUUAAUUAUAGUUUAUUAUCGACUGUCUAAUUAAUAAUUUUAAUGGAUCGACUUGCAAUUUUGAGCGUCUAGUAUAACUAGUUUUUGAUAAAAUUGCUACAGUCUCGUCGCCCAGUUUAGCUUUUAAUUCGUUUUUAAAGCAUUUCCGCGGAUAUACAAAAUUAAUCAACAGCAUCACUCCCUUGGCGAUUAAAUCCAAUCGCUGACAAUUAAAUAUGGAAGUCUCAUAGUAAAUACGUACCUGACCUUAUAAAGUUAUGAUAUUAAAAUGUUUUAUAUAAAUAAAUUUUGUAACGGGGGUCGUCGUCGCGACUGCAUUUACACGUGAUACGGUUUACAAGAUGUUGUACAAGUUAUUGGUUGUAAUUUAAUUGAACUUAUUAAAGCUAUCGUUUAAAAUCGCAAA